AUGACUGCUCCCAUCGCCAGCAUGAUGGCCGGUGAGAGAGGGAUGCGUGGAUGCAUGGUGGCAGUGGAGGCAAUCAACAGCGACCCCUUUAUCCUCCCACAUCACCAUCUGUGCCUUGCCACGGCCAGCUACUCCAUGACUGCUCCCAUCGCCAGCAUGAUGGCCGGUGAGAGAGGGAUGCGUGGAUGCAUGGUGGCAGUGGAGGCAAUCAACAGCGACCCCUUUAUCCUCCCACAUCACCAUCUGUGCCUUGCCACGGCCAGCUACUCCAUGACUGCUCCCAUCGCCAGCAUGAUGGCCGCCUACAGCCUGGUGAGGCAGCGGCCAGUGGCAGUGAUAGGGCCACACACAUCAGAACAGGCAGCACUCGUAAGCCCCUUCGCCACGGCCACUCAAGUGCCCUUCGUGUCUGCCUCGGCCACCGACGCACAGCUCACAGUGGGCGGCACCAGGCCCUUCUUCAUGCGCACCGUGCAGGACGACGGCCACCAGAUGCGCGCCAUUGCUGACAUUCUGGCAAUAUACCAGUGGAGGGCAUUUAUUGCCAUUCACAGCGACGACCGCUAUGGAGGCAAUGGCAUCACCGCACUGGAAGCAUGUGUGCUCAGCCUGAACCAAGGCAUCAGCAUGGCUCAUCGCGUGGCCAUCACUCCAGGGAGCACAGCAGCAGAGGUGGAGCAGCAUCUGCAGCUUCUACUAGAGGUGGACACGGCUGUGUAUGUGCUGCACGCGUCCGCUGCUGUUGCCACGAGCGUCAUCCUGGCAGCGAACAGGUUGGGUCUGUUCUCUGCCAACAACGUGUGGAUUGCAACAGAAGGGAGUGCACUGCUCACUGGCUCUGCCCUGCACUACGCUCAGGGCAUGAUAGUGACGGCUACUGACAUCCCCACCUCCGCUCCUCUGACUACCUUCGUCUCAAAGUGGCUCAAACUUGACCCUGUGCGCUUCCCCAACGUCAGCCGCCAG